AUGCACGAGUACCGGCUGACAGAGGAUUUGUCUGUAGCUGGACUGGCUGGUACAGACGUGGCACAUGCUACAGCUGCAGAAAGGGAUGCAGCAGGUGGCGCUGUCAACAGCAGCAGAGACGAUGAGGCGACCAACCCAGACACCAGAGGUCUGGGAGCUAAGGGUGCCUCAGGUGGUGCUGCUGGUGGUGUUUUAGCCAGCAGCAGCAACAGCAGCCCCAAGGACAGCACUUCAGAACGUCAAACUGGCACUGCUCAAAAGAUCAACCUGGCGUCGUGGGUGGUCGUGAGAGUGCUCAAGCGAAGCUCCCUGACGGCUGAGGAGCAAGCGACAGUGACGCAACAGGUGAUGGCAGCUCAACAUGCAAUGGUAGCACAGCAGAGGAUGGCAGAACAGCAGCAACUGGGUGGGCCUCCUCUACAAGGUGUGAAACCGCCGCUCUUAGUGUAUCCGCAAGGGAGCGGAGCAGAGCAGCAGGCAGUUGUCACAGGUGGUAUGGGAGGAAGCAACGUGGCAGUGGCUCAUGUGACUGCACACAGGAUGGGAAGUUUGGCACCAGCAACAGGGUACCCUACGGGUGUGACACUAACCGUCAGGAGUAAUUCACCCUCGACAGAUUCCCAGGGGGAUAACUCCCCAACUACCCUCACAGCCAGCCAAUCACCCAACUCUUCCUUCUCCGCAAUGCCUGUAGAUGGGCGGAGCAAUGACACAGCAAGCCAAGCAUCAGGUUUGGAUACUGGAGCAGCAGUGGGAGCAGCAGUAGCAGCAAUGGCGUCUUUAGCAAUGGAUGUAGCAGGAGCAGGAGCGGCAGUGGGAGCAGCAGAAAGAGCUGGUAACCCCUCUGCCCAUCCAGGUCCCGCCUCCCCUCUCCUGAAUCCGCCCAGCCCGCACACUGGACUCUUUUCUUCUCCUUUUAUCCAGCCUGGUGCUGGCAGCAGCAGGCCAACAACGCCGCAAGGGUUAUUGACCCAUCCACUACUGGAGCAACUGUUGUUGCUACAGCAGCAUGGCAGCAGGGCAACAGUGCAGCAGGGGCUAUUGUCCCAGCAGCAACAAAGCAGCAAUACAGCCAUGCAGCAGGGCUCAUUGCUCCAGCAGGAGCACCAACAGAACAUCCCGUCAGUACAGCACGAGUUAGAGCAAGUGCUCUAUCCCGACCCAUCAUUCAGGCAGCUUUUGUUGCAAGUAGAGUCCUCAGAGCCACCUUGCAGCAGGGACGGAGACCCUCUUAUUCAGGUCCAAGCAGAGGCAGAGCCUUUUGGGCUAUGGGAGGUGAUGCAGCAGGGGAUGCGCACUGGGGAGGAUCAGAUGGUAGUUCCAGAAGGAAUGACAGUACCAGAAAGAAUGACAAUACCACCUACACCAGGUGCCACCGUGCUGACACCAGCCAAUCCCUUCCUUCCGCUCCCCCCCACCCACAACCACAUUCAGCUUCUCUCUCUGCCACUCACGAGAGCACCACCAAACCAGCAAGCUGGUUUCAUGGUUACCUCUCAGCAACAGCAAGGCCACAGUACACCACAGCAGAGCAGUUAUCAGCAGGCGAUCGCAGCCCCUUUGUCCUCCUGGUCUGCUCCUCCUCCACACCCCUUCCGUCCUGCCCCUUCUGCUUCCAUGUCUGCAUCCUCAUCUGGUGAAUCUCACCCCCGUACAACGGCUAGUGUUGCUGCUGCUGCUGGUGCUAGUACUAACCCAGUUGGUACUGCUGAUUCAGCUGAGACAGGGGAUACAGCAGCAGGCCAAAAGAACCAACAGGAGGAGAUGCAGCGGCUGGCAAAUCUUCUCCAAUCCAUUUUAGGAAUUCCAGUAGCCAGUACCACUGCUGCCUCUACCGAACCGGCCACUACAACUCGCACCAGUGCAAAUCCUGUUGCUUCUUCGACUGAGGCUGCUACGGCUCCUGCCCCUGCCUUUGCUUCAAGUUCUGGUGUGGUUCCCAUAGCCUCUGCCAUUCAAAGAAUGGCUGCAGCUCUCAAUAUGGCUUCAAAUGGGCUCUUGAAUAGCACAGCAGCGCGAUCGGUUGCAGCACCCCCAAAUUCUGCUGUAGCAUCCCAAUAUUCGGUGGCAGGAGCCCAGCAGGGGAAAAGACACAAGGGGCAGCACAUAGUGAAUGUUGGGUACCCAGAACAGCAGCAGCAGCAGCAGCAUGACCAAUAUUCCCUGCAUGAAAUGCUUCAGCAGCACAUGUCUCAGCAGCAGGAACUCAGUCCCGCCCCCCCGCGUCCCAGAAGCGCUUCCUGCCCAGCUGUCCCUCUGCAAGGUGCCAAUCAGUAUGUAACGCCCUUUCGCUCCACCCACAGCUACAACCAUCCUGGGUCAUUGCAAGGGGCAAUGGGUGGGCAGGGUGAGCAAGGGAGGACAGAGAUAGAAACCCAGAGUGAUUCGCUACUCCAUACCAGCGCGUGGGGGAGAGGUGGAACAGAGAUGGCUGGAAGGGGGAAGGAGGGAGAGGGGAGGGUUGGAGGGGACAGUGGGGAUGGUGGCUUGGAAGCGAUUAUCCGCCAUGUCAGCUGGUAUGGAGGAGCAGGAGGCUCUGGAAUGGAUCACAGAGACGCGAACUUGCCAGGAUGGGUGGGAGUUGCAACAGCAGGGGUAGCAGGAGCCGGUGCAGGGGUGGCGGAAGUUGCUGUGGGUGCUGCAGCAGCAGGAGGGGUGGAGAGAGCAGGAGUGGAGACAGCAGGGAUGGGAGAUGCAGCAGAAGGGGUUGGAGAUGCAGCAUCAGGGGUUGGAGAUGCAGCAUCAGGGGCAGCCGCGGCAGCUGGGAAAUCGGCGGCAGCAAGAGGAGGCGGGGACCUGAUGGCUCCGGUGGAUGGGUUGGGGAUAUCAGACUUAGAAGCGCUUCUAAUGGAUGCGGAGGGAGAACUGGGCACGUUCAGCAGCAUGGGUCAAUGGAUAGCGUCGACAUGA